UGCUGUUCUAGAUGGUCAGCCUGAAAGCAUUGUUCAAGACAUCGAGAACAUGGUCAGAUCGUUUAUUGAGAAGCCCAACUGCAUCAUACUAGCUAUUUCCCCUGCAAAUCAGGAUCUUGCUACAUCUGAUGCCAUUAAGAUCUCUCGUGAAGUUGAUCCAAAAGGAGACAGGACUUUUGGAGUUUUAACUAAAAUUGAUCUCAUGGACCAAGGCACUAAUGCUGUUGAUAUACUUGAAGGAAGGGGAUACAAAUUAAGAUAUCCUUGGGUUGGUGUUGUAAACCGGUCUCAAGCUGACAUCAAUAAAAGUGUUGAUAUGAUUGCUGCUCGUCGGCGUGAACGUGAUUACUUCCAGUCUAGCUCCGAAUACAGACAUUUAACUGAGAGAAUGGGUUCAGAAUAUUUAGGAAAAAUGCUCUCUAAGCAUUUAGAAGUUGUUAUCAAGUCGAGAAUCCCAGGACUUCAGUCUCUUAUCACAAAGACAAUCUCUGAGUUAGAGACAGAGCUAAGCCGUCUUGGCAAGCCUGUAGCAGCUGAUGCUGGUGGAAAACUUUAUAUGAUCAUGGAAAUUUGCCGUGCCUUUGAUCAAACUUUUAAAGAACACCUCGAUGGCACGCGCUCAGGUGGUGAAAAGAUAAAUUCUGUGUUCGACAAUCAAUUCCCAGCUGCCAUCAAAAGGCUGCAAUUCGACAAACAUCUCUCCAUGGAAAAUGUACGGAAGCUGAUCACUGAAGCUGAUGGAUAUCAACCGCAUCUCAUAGCUCCUGAACAAGGAUAUCGCCGUCUCAUAGAAUCAUGCUUAGUCUCCAUUAGAGGCCCUGCUGAAGCAGCUGUCGAUGCGGUUCAUUCUAUUCUCAAGGAUCUUAUCCACAAAUCC